AUGAAACGACAAGUGAUAGAGGCAACCGAGGACGACGGAGACGCAGACUCACGACUACAGCGCUACAAGGCGGCUGAAGAUGAAGAAGAAGGAGAUAAUGAAUUGGACAUGGAGCUGCUUGACGCGUACAUCGCCUACUGCAGGUCGGUCGGCCACGAACCAAAUAUCCAGGUCGACUCGAGCGCUCCGUUGUUCGACAAGGUUCUCGAUUCGCAGGGCAGUGGAUCCCUUUCAGACGCAGAGGGUAUAACUGGAGCGACCAUCGUCCAGGGGCGGCCAACGGUGCCGGAGCAUCAACACUUCUGGACGUUGUUUAUUGGGACCAGAUACAGCAAACGGCGAGGCUGCACGCAGUUCUGGGUGUGGCUACUGAUUGGAGUGGGGCACGUUCAGGUUACAGAGGACUACACAUAUCUUCACUUCUUGGAGGAAGUGGACUUUCACCUUACCUACACCAUCGAGACGCCCAAUCCAAGCCCCAACGCGAAUCCCAACACUUCCUACUUCAACGCCCUGCUCUUCAACGAGUACGAGUACGCGCAUUAUAUCGACGGCGAGCCGUUCGCGUACAUUGAAGCAGCUUCAAAGCUGAGAACGACCUACGCGUAUCUGCCGCGUACGUACAUUGACAACACCAUCGAGGAGACAAUGUACUUCGUCGUGCAGCCAUGCUACCUGGAGCGGAAUCCCACAGCCGACUACUGCAACACCACGCAGUUGCCGACCAGCGUUUCCUCAAGCGAGAAGAUCUACAACUUCGACCAGAAUAAAAAGAUGAAGAAGAAGGCCGUUUUGGAACACUUCAACGUGACCUACUUGUCCGUGAACCCGAUGCCCAGCUUCCAGAAGAACAUUGAGCGCAUCUACGCCCGCGAACUAAACGUGCCUGAAGAGGAGGUCGACUACUGGCAGCCAAUGCCUUGGGACCGGAAGAACUACUUUACGUGGGUCUUCUGCCCGUAUCGGAAUGAAAGACUGUCGCGGGGCGAGCGGGCACUGAUCGUAGUGUGCUCGCUGUACGUGACGUUCUACGUGCUGUUCAUUAUCGUGAUGAUACGCGACUCGUACGGGUCCAACAUGACGAUCUUCUCGUCUGUGGUGCUGUACGCUGUGUUGACGUGGGUUUUCGUCCCGUUUUACUUCAAGCUCGUGGUGCUGCUGCUUACGUUGGCUCAAGCGCUGAUUUUCUACAUCUGGGCUCGUCGUAGCUGCUUGUUCCUCAAGAAAUUCAUCUACUACGGCGUGCUCUCGGCAAUUUUGCGCAUGUCGCUCAUGGGGCACUGCGACUGCUUCAAUGACGAGCUCCUUAUUCUCGCAGUGGAGCGUGUGGGUCCGAAGUGGGAACUUAUCCAUGUUCUUGAUGGUCUCAUGGCGAAGCAGAACAAUGUUGAGGCUCAAUUUGAGCCGUACACCUCGGAGCAACAUCGCGAACGGUGGGACGUCAUUGUGGAGCGAGCGGAGAAGCACAUGGAGAAGGUGGAGAAGCUUCGCGCGUACCAGGAGAAGAAGCGCCUUGAAGCGCUACAAAGUGAUCGACCUCAUCGCAGCUUCACUGAACUACUAUCACGUCGCCGUACUUCCAAGAGGGAAGUCGAGACUGACCAGAACCUACCGAUAACCUCGACUGUGGACAACACGGAUAGCAGCUCAGGUGGUGGUGACAACUCCUCACCAGAAACUACCAACAUGAAGUUAUGUAAUCUUCGAGAGAAGAAGAUCCUGGAGCUGAACGACAAGAUUAAGGUGGAUGCGUUCGAGAAACACUACGACUCCAACAUCUCGGAAGUUUUCCACGCGCUCACUCGAUCGGUCAUGAAGCUACGCCGUCACAACAAACACGAACACCCAAGACAUGACAGUGAGGCCGAUGAAGGCCAACCUUCAGAGCCUGAAGACGACCAAAAUCCAGAGGAUACCCGUACGUUCACUAAUCGGUACACCUCGGGCAGCAGCAUGAACAGCGAGGGUGAGACCAUGUGGGUGUUCGACUCACCAGAGCAGCGUCUACAACGUCGAGAAGAGGAAAAACUGCAGCGCAAACGGGCGUUCCGUGUACUGAAAGAAAGACUACAACAUUCACAGCGUGGCUCCGUCUUCAGAGCAUUCGGCCCCAGCACCUUCAGCGUUGUCCCCUUCCGGUCCGACACAAGACACGUGCCGCUAUUGUCGACCCGCCACAAAGACACCACGCCCCGCGAAGAAGACCUGGUGAUCCUCGUGCCGGACGCGCACAGCAAGAACAAGGACAACCUGGACGCAAUGGCCAACGCCCGCGUGGAGGACGACUACGAUGACGAAGAAGACAGCGACUUCCCGAGCGACUUGGAGCGCGGGCAGUCGCGCUCUGCGUCGUCGUCGCAAGCUGCAGCUGCAGGCAACCGGGUCUACGCCGUGACGGAGCGGCCCAAGACGCUGUUCCGGCGGAUGUCCACUUCAGCAUCGGCGUUCGCCGCGUGGGCGCUGGACUACGACCCGAAGGCUGCAUGA